CACAGUUCGACUUCUGCCUGUAAUCAGUGCACAACAGAGCCACCAGUUCCACACCCAAUCGCGAAUCCAAUCAAAGCAAAGAUGAAGUUCUUCGUCGUUGUUGCCCUGGCCCUGAUCGCCACCGUGGCCGCCCAGGACAAGUACACCACCAAGUACGACGGUAUCGAUCUGGAUGAGAUCCUGAAGUCGGACCGCCUGUUCAACAACUACUACAAGUGCCUGCUGGAUGAGGGCCGCUGCACCCCGGACGGUAACGAGCUGAAGCGCAUCCUGCCCGACGCCCUCAAGACCGACUGCGCCAAGUGUAGCGAGAAGCAGAAGAGCGGCACCGAUAAGGUGAUCAACUAUCUGAUCGACAACCGCAAGGCCCAGUGGGAGAAGCUGCAGGCGAAGUACGACCCGGACAACAUCUACGUCAACAAGUACCGCGAUGAGGCCAAGAAGAAGGGCAUCAACCUGUAAGGUGGCCGCAGCACUAGCUGUCCCCGGAGCUAAACGACGACGACAACUAUGGCACCGCAAAUGGCCCCCUUCUCUCACGCCUUUUUAAGGCAACCACGAACAACGACGACGAUGAACGCAGGAUGAUGAUCUGCAACUGUUAGAUGUUGUAGUGAAAUCGAACAAAACAACAAAAAAAAGAAGAAACAAACGAGACAAAACACACGACGACAGGAAGACAGAUGCUGCAACAUUC